AAAAUUAGGCCAUGUUCAGUUUAGUGCCCUGUUAGCUCCAGUAUGCCAAAUUACCGUAUAUUGAUUGGCUAAUAUGAUUGUAAAGUUGCUGACCGACGAGUUUACAUUCAAGAAACACAGUUGGAAGUCCUCUCUGGUCAGAUGUCUGCAGCACUAAGUCUACGUCUUCUCCACUGCUACUCCAGACAAGGUACAUUUGGAUAUGGCUGUGGUGCAAUUCGCCCACUAAGUCUCAGUGUGCAGAGAGAAGGCUACAAGUAUGUAAAUGCUCAAGAGCUGCCUGCAGACCUGAGAUCUGUCACUGACCGGGCAGCCACCACCCUGCUUUGGACUGAGCUCUUUAGAGGUUUGGCGAUGACUAUGAGUUACCUGUUCCGUGAACCUGCCACCAUCAACUACCCAUUUGAGAAGGGCCCUCUGUCACCCCGCUUUCGGGGGGAGCACGCGCUCCGCCGCUACCCUAAUGGAGAGGAACGCUGCAUUGCCUGUAAGCUUUGUGAGGCCGUCUGCCCUGCUCAGGCCAUCACUAUUGAAGCUGAGACUCGAGCUGAUGGCAGCAGGAGGACCACACGCUAUGACAUCGAUAUGACCAAAUGCAUCUACUGUGGUUUCUGUCAGGAAGCCUGCCCUGUUGAUGCUAUUGUUGAGGGUCCAAACUUUGAGUUCUCCACAGAGACCCAUGAGGAGCUGCUGUACAACAAGGAGAAGCUGCUUAACAACGGAGACCGAUGGGAGGCUGAGAUAGCCUCCAACAUACAGGCAGACUAUCUGUACAGAUAGACUGACUCUGGAGAUUCUGUAUGUCUUACAUGAAAAUGGCACAUCCAGCCCUCCUGAUUUGCAUUUAAAGAGAUUACCUGUAGCUUUACAGUUACAAGCAGUGAAGCCUUGCAGCCUCACAUUAUGAGGAAAAUCUUUAAAAACGCACAAAUUGUAUGUUUUGUGUUGUAGCUGUACUUUUUGAUGUUGAAUUUGCACAGUAUGGGAUAGACCAUUAUCUGUAGCACAUUAGAGCUAGCAAUAUGACAAGAGUAUAUUACUGAUGUGUUUUUCUUAGGCUAUGUAAGACAGUGAAAUAAAUCCUGUUUUAAAUCUAUUGACUGGCCUGUUGCAAAUUUAACUAACCCCAAAUCUGCAAAUUUGAAACUGAGAUGUGUUGCUUUUCUUUUAUAUCAUAUCUAAAACUUGACCCUUGUUCCUACUGUUGCUUAAUACAUUAAAUGGAGUUACAUA